AUGUUGUCCCUACCCUUGAUUUGUCUGACUUUCAUUGGGUUCGCCUCGCCCAUUCUGGCUCAAUCAGUCUUUGCUCAUGUGAUAGUGGGGAACACUUACAGCUAUACCCAAGCCAACUGGGCAAGUGACAUUGCCACUGCAGCCGCUGCAGGUAUCGACGGCUUCGCGCUCAAUGUUGGUUAUCUAGACACGAUUAAUCCAUUUGGAUUUGUCCAGGCUCAACUCGAUAAUGCAUAUCAAGCCGCCGACGCGGCUGGCUUUCAGAUGUUCUUGUCGUUUGAUUACCUAGCCCAGGGAGCUUGGGAUCAGAAUGCGGUAAUCAGGACGGUGAAUGGUUACAGCUCGCACGCAAGUCAGUUCAAAUGGGAGGGGAAGCCUCUGGUCUCAACUUUUGAGGGCGCCGAUCAUGCCGGAGACUGGGCCUAUAUCAAAGCCCAGACCAACUGUUUCUUCGUCCCGGACUUCUCAAGUCAAGGUGCCGAAGGUGCUGCUGGCAAGCCUAAUGUCGAUGGUCUUCUUUCAUGGAAUGCAUGGCCGAACGGUGCAAACGACAUGACAGACGAUGAUGAUAAGGCAUACGUUACAGCACUCGACGGUCGACCCUACAUGAUGCCUGUCUCUCCUUGGUUCUAUACAAAUCUUCCAUUGUGGUCAAAGAAUUGGCUUUGGCGCGGCGAUGACCUAUGGCAUCAUCGCUGGAGUCAAGUUCUCAACAUUCAGCCAGCUUUGGUCGAGAUCCUGACAUGGAACGAUUGGGGAGAAUCCCACUAUAUCGGCCCAAUGCCACCCAGUGAUUCCGCCAUUCCGACCGGGGCGGGCCCGUAUGUCCAGAACAACCCGCAUGACGCCUGGCUGAAAGAUUUGCCUCACUAUAUUGCAGCGUACAAGAACAAGAGUCGGCCGGACGAUAGCCAUGUCACCUUCUGGUACCGUCUCAAUCCUGGAUCCGGGUCAGCAUGCGGCGCUGGAACCACAUGCAACACUCCAACACAAGGCCAGGUGGCUCUCAAUCCGCAGGAGUGUGAUAUUGACGCUGUCUUCUUCACUGCGUUUGUGCCAGACACUGCUCUGGCCACAGUCAAUGUGACAAUUGGCGGGUUGACCCAGACAGUCUCUGCCACCACACCUGGCAUCUUUCACUCCAGUGUGCCGUUCAACGAUAUGACUGGCGAUGUCACAGUGGCUGUGACCGCAAGUAAUGGCACUGAGAUUGGUCCUGUCAAUGGGGCACCCAUCAGCGCAGCGUGUGCUGGCGCAGAUGUCAAUUGGAAUGCAUGGGUUGGGGGAUCGUAG